AUGAGACCUGUUACAGUUGGAAUCGUGUCGAUCGGAGACAUGGGCCUAGGUGUGGCUAGACUCCUAAAAGCCCACGACUACCGAGUCGUCACGGUCGCAGACGGAAGAAGUGAACACACAGUAGCGCGAAUCCAUUCAGCAGGGGUCUCGAUCCUUCCUUCAGACCAAGCGCUAGUAAUCCAAGCCGACUACGUACUUUCGAUCGUACCUCCGCGGAACGCAGUGGCGACCGCCCGACGAAUAGCAGAUGCAUGCGCACAGCCAUCGACCGGCAGUCUCCGAGAGGCGCUGGAAGACUUGGAAAACAAACCGAAGCGGUCCAAGCUAUACUACCUCGAACUCAACGCGAUACCCGCACGACUGGCGUCGGAGAUGGCGGCGCAGUUUGACGAGCCAACCACAACAACGGAUUUAGGCCGAGGGUGCCACUUCCUCGAUGGCGGAAUCAUUGGCGGGCCGCCAUCCCAAAGCACGCAAGACGGGAGCACAACCUGGAAAAAACCUAGCGUGGUGUUGUCGGGGGUGGUGGAUCUGGCCCCUGCGUUUGCGACGCUGGCAGACGUCCUGAAUAUCAAACUUGUCUCGCCUCGGAUUGGCGCCGCAUCCACGCUCAAACUAUCCUUCGCUGCAUUGACCAAAGGUCUCACCGCGCUGUCUAUUCUGUCUUUCUCCACUGCGCAGAAGGAGUCGAUGUUACCGGAGUUGUUGGAAUUGCUGGAGCAACACUCCCCACGUACUGCUGCGCUCACGACGAAUGGGGUGAUUGGUAUGAGUCCCAAGGCAUACCGGUGGGAGGAUGAAAUGCGUGGAAUUGGGGAGACGUUUGAUACCGAGGGUGGGUGGAAUGGGGUCGGAGCCGGUGUUUAUGGAGGAUUUGCUGAGAUCUAUCGGACCAUUGCGGAAGAUACCGUAUUAGGCGAGGAGCGAGUGGAGCAUCGAGUGCGAGGUAUGACGGUUGCGGAUGCCGCUCAGAUCAUCGCUGAAAGGCGUCAACCGUAA